AUGAGUAACUUAAACGGCGGUGCUCCGCCACGAGCAGUUGAUGAUGAUUCUGAUAUCGAGGAGGAGGCUUUGGCCGCCGACUACAGAGAGCAGGUUCAAUACGAGGGCAUGGAUGACAUGGAGGGAGGCAGCUCAAUGAGCAUGGAGGGAGGCAGCUCAAUGAGCAUGGCACAACAGACCGACGACAUCCAGUCCAGGCUUCUUGGUGCUGCGCAACCUUUGGACUUCUCAGCGCCUCUCGAGACCAAAUUUGCGAGUUACGACAACUACUGUAGCUUGUUCCACUUCAUCUUGAACUCUGAUGGACCUGUGGACCUGGAACCUCCUUCGUACUUCUGGGCCUGGGAUGUCAUUGAUGAAUUCAUCUAUCAAUUCAAUUCCUUCUGCUCGUACCGAAAUCGCGUCGCGCGCCAAGGCAACAAUGAAGAAGAGAUUACGAUACUCCGCGAAGCACCAAACACAUGGGGCUGCUACAGCGUUCUGAACGUCCUAUACUCCCUUAUUCAACGAUCGCAAAUCAACGAACAACUGGCAGCUAUGAAGCGUAACGAGGAGCCGAUGGCAGUGGCAGGAGAUUACGGAUCGAAGCCGCUAUACCGAAUGCUGGGAUACUUCUCUAUCAUCGGUCUUUUGAGAGUACACUGCUUGUUGGGAGAUUUCAGUCUUGCACUGAAGACUCUCGAUGACAUUGAGCUCAACAAGAAAGCCAUGUUCGCCCGUGUUCUGGCUGCACACUUCGCAACCUACUACUACGUAGGCUUCUCCUACAUGAUGAUGCGCCGAUACGCAGAUGCUAUCCGCAUGUUCAGUCACAUCCUUAUCUACGUCUCGCGCACCAAGAACUCGCAGAAGAACGCGCAGUACGAUUCGAUCACCAAGAAGAACGACCAGAUGUACGCUCUUAUCGCAAUCUGCGUGGCUUUCCACCCUACCAGACUUGACGAUGUCAUCCACACCGCUCUCCGCGAGAAGUAUGGUGAUCAGCUGUUGAAGCUUCAGCGUGGUGGCCCGGAAUCUCUUCCUAUCUUUGAGGAGCUGUUCCGAUCUGCUUGCCCCAAGUUCAUCUCACCCACCCCUCCCGACUUUGAUAACCCAGAGCUCAACGUUGAUCCCUUGGAGCACCACCUAGCCAUCUUCAUGGAUGAGGUCAAGACCAAUAUGUGGAGCCCAACGGUCAAGUCAUACCUGAGACUUUACACUACGAUGGACUUGAAGAAGUUGGCUGGUUUCCUUGAAGUCGAGCCGGAGAAGUUGAGAGGAUGGUUGUUGGUGAACAAGCAGAGAAGCAGACAGAUUAGAUGGAGUGAUAAUGGACUUUUGGACGGUGAGAUUGUAGGCUCAGGUGAUCUGGAUUAUGCCAUGCAAGGGGACUUGAUUCACAUUUCAGAAGCCAAGGUUGGCCGUAAAUUGGUGGAUUGGUAUCUUAGAAAUCUUGCGAGAACAUACUAA